UUUGCUCACGUGUUUAUCGUUUCGUGCAGUAUUUACUGUACGUGCCAGCCUUGCAGAUGUCACUCUGGGCGCCUGGAGGGGACCGGGCACAGCAAGAAGUAUGCCUGGACCCCCAGGCUUCCUGGAGUUGGUCCAGGAUGGGCAGUUCUGGGAGGCCUGCCAGACCAUCUCCACGUUGGAGGAGGAAGGGCAGGACUGCAGCCCCCAGUAUGAGGCUGUGGCCCGGAGCAUGUGGCAGGUUGUCCAGCAGGCUCUGGACGGCACUGGGCCCAGCCGGGAGCUGGAGCAGAAGCUCCAGGCGGUGCUGGCCACUGUGGAGUGGACACAGGACCAGCAUGAAAGGUGGAAGGCCAGUGCCCCCCAGGACGGCGGAGUGGCCACCUGGGCCGGUCAGCUGAAUAAGUUACUGAGAAAUGAUGCUGAGACCCGAGUGCCCACCCUGGGCCCCAAGGACCAGCUGGACCUGUACCUGGAGAAGCUAGACAAGGCAGUGAGACAGGGCCUGGCGUCCCCACGGGCGAGCCGGUUGGGGACCUGCCUCUGGGAGGUCUACAGGACUUACUUCCACGAGGUUCUCCUCGGCCGCCUCUCCAAGCUCACUCAGUCCUGCGGCACUGACUUGAAAAGCUGUCAGGUCCUGUACACCUGGGGCAAGACCAACUUGUUCGAGCAGCCUGGCAGGGAGACACUUGCAAAAGGGCGCCGGACCUCCCGGGAGCCCGUGGCUGGGCAUCUCCUGGACCCCCUGAUGUUUGUUACUUGGAUGUCCCAAAUGCAGCAGAUGCUGGUAGGGCUGAUCCAGGAAGAGUUGAGAAAGCAUCUAGACAGAGUCCUGUUCUAUGAUCUGAAAAAGUGGGCCCAGUGUUCCCACCCAACGUUUCUCGACAUUUUCCAGCUGCUGGAAGAAAGCAUGAAUGCAGUACACCCCAUGGGACUACCUAUCAGUAGCCAGGUGCAAGGGAUGGUUCUGGAAAAAUUUUCAGACUUUCUGAAAAGCUACCAGAAGAAGGCUAUCGGCUUCAUCCAGCAGAACGCGGUUGCUGGGGCCUUCCCAGAGGUGCACGUGCUGGCAAACUGCAGCAUCCUCAGGGAAACGUGGCAGGAGCUGACCCAGAAACGCGAUCCGCUGGUGGACCUGGGCCCCUAUGUGCAAGGGACCAUCCAUGACAUUGAGGACCACAGCCGGGAUCACCUCCUGCCUAGAGUCAGAGCCUUGUGCCAGAGUCUGCUGAAGGACCACUUCGGGCAGAAGAACAAGGGUCUGGUUGGAGCUCUGCAGUUCCCAUGGCAGGGCCUGGAGGGCUGCCCCACCAUGCACUCCACUGCCACGUACGAGCUUUCCCUCAGGCCUCUCCAUCUCUUUGUUCUUUUGGGGGAGCAGAGAACCAUGCGACGUUUGCACAUGGUGGUCUUUGGGGAGUAUGUCUGCGCCCUGGCCACCUACCUUAGGACGCUGGAGCCCAGGAAGUGGGAGGGCCUGCAGGAUCAGGUGCAGACAGACACCAGGGCUCUGCACAACAUCUUCACCAAGUACCGGGACCUCAGCUUGGCCAACCCACAGGAGCCCAUCAUGGAGAUCUUCCAGUCCACUGAGAACAAGAGCAGGGAGACCGUGGAUGACUGGCUGGCCUCCUUCCGGGACAGAUUCCCAGGUUAUGUGAGUAAAAUCCGUUGUGGCCCGUCUUGCACUUUGAAUGGCUCUUCUACCUGUAUGUGAAUUCGUGACAUCGAGUGUUUGUCACCUGGCAAACACCAGUCCACGGAGUGACACGGAUCCAGGUGUUGGCACGUUUUAUCAUACCUUAUCCAAAAAGCACCAUUGUGGAUGCUGCCAUCAGUUUCAUCAGAAGAGUUUGUAGCAGUUGGGAAUCCCAGGCUCACAGUGGAAGACACAAGUUUUCCAGAAUCCUGAUUUUUGCUUUGAGGUCUCAAAUUUUUAUCAUUGGCAACAAAUACUGUCUGUUGUUUACUCUGAAGCAGCCAGCCCACAUCCUCCAUUCUCAAGAAAAUGCCGUCAACAACUGAA